UCACACGCUGUCAGCUAAGGAUUAUUUAAUAACAGGCGAUUAUAACCUCUGGCAGCUUAAUUAUUUGUUUUGACGCGGAAACAUGGCUUUCUCACGAAUAUAUCCAUAUAUAUCGUCGUGGAAUCGCAUUUCAAAGUCAAAUGCUAGUGGAUAUUUGUGAUAUUUCAAUAUUAGUACGGCCGAGGAAUGACUGCUGAACGAUUGAGACCUUCUGAUUCCUUUGCGAAGCUCAUCAAGAUGGCACGUUUGGUUUCCAGCUUAGUUGGGGCCGAUGUCUCCACUGUGAAUUAUCGAGUCAACAUCAUCACCAUAAUUGUGAUAUUCUGCAUUGUGAUUUACUUCAUAUUCACCGCGACCACAGUCGCAAGUGUCUUUUCGGAGGACUGGACAUUUUUGCUAGAGGCAUCGUGUAUGAUGGGUAGUGUAUUGCAGGGUUGCACUAAACUUAUUUCGGGAAUUAGCCGCACCAAGGAUGUAUCUGGCAUGCGUUUGGAGUUAGAAGCGCUUUAUCGUACAUAUGAGUCCAAGGGGCAGAGUUAUUGUAAGGUUUUGAAUGAGAGUUGCGACCGUGUGCGGAAAGUAAUUAAAAUGGUCGGAUAUAUUUACGCUUCAAACAUUGCUGGAAUUAUACUCCUUACAACCGUUCUGAUGCUCACCAGCGAUAGGAAAAUAUAUAUAAUGCAAUUCUUCAUACCUGGCGUUGAUGCAAAUACGUCUUUUGGUUAUCUAUUGACAACAUCUGUGCACAUGGUGGUCUUUCUGGCAGGCUCUUUUGGUCUCUUUGCCGGAGAUUUAUUUUUUCUAAUUUAUCUGGGGCAGCCCGAGUUGUUACGCGACAUUUUGAUAUUAAAAGUCGAAGAGCUGAACGAAGCUGUCGCUCAAAAGGACGAUAACAUUGAAUGUCUAUUAAUCAAUAUUAUUGAAUGGCAUCAAUACUACAUGGACUUCAAUAAUCGUUGUAAUGAGAUAUUCUAUUACAUAAUCACUAUGCAAAUUCUGACAUCGGGCAUCUCGAUUAUCUGCACCAUGUAUAUCAUACUUAUGGGCGACUGGCCUGGUGCGUAUUUAUACAUUUUGGUAGCACUCUGUGGACUUUACCUCUACUGUAUUAUUGGUACGAGAAUACAAACAUGCAGCGAGACAUUCUUUGAAGAACUCUACAACAUAAACUGGUACGAAUUGGAUAUUAAGAAGCAGAAAAUGAUGAUACUAAUUUUAAUGAAAUCACAAAAUCCCAGCGAGAUCAAAAUCGCCGGCGUCUUGCCACUGUCCGUACAAACUGCUCUCCAAAUAACAAAAUCAAUUUAUGGCAUAUUCACAAUGAUGUUGCGACUUAUGGGUGAGGAACAGUGAAGAUAAAAAUAGCCACACUCAAAAUAUUUUACAUUAUUUAAACAAUAUACAUUUAAUAUUUACAAGUAUAUAUUUACAAGUA